UUGAGUUCUCCGUUAAUGUUGGACAGCAUUGUGCUCAGUAAUUCUGUCCGUAGAAUACCACAUACUAUACUCAUUUCCAACCACUAGGACACAUACCGCAGUUGGAUUAUGGAAGGGCGUAGAACGAGACUUCGGGAGUACCAAAGGGAAAGGAGGAAGUUUGCCUGCGUGUCCUAUACGCUGACGCUGAUGUGGCUUUUGGUGGCCUUGAUCCAAUGGGCGCUUGUCUCCAUUAUAGCGGAUAUAAAUGCCGUCUUCAUCAAGUUCUACUGGAUCAGCCUGCUUUUCUUUGCUGUAGCCAUGGUCUUGGUCACCGCUUUCAUAUUCUUUGAAAAGUUACGCGCCGUCAUCUGCCUGAACUGGCUAAUCUGCCUGCUAAUAGUGGAGUUCGUGAUUAUCGGAAUUUUCACCCUGGCGGCACUCACCCAUUGGCUGGAAAUGGUCGUGUGGUUCUUUUUCUGCGUGUUCCUCCUGUUCGUUUUCAUACUAAUCGGAUCGAUUAUACCGCACGACCUGACGCUAGAUGUCGUGAUAUUGUUUGUAAUGGCAUUCAUCUUCCUGAUCAUCACCGUCUUUUUCGCUAUGAUCAGCAUUCUGGUCAAGAUGCCAAACACGUUCAUUGUCUAUCAGGUCUUCAUCACAAUCGUUGUGCUGUUGUUCGUGAUGUACCACGCUCAGACAAUCAAUGGCGGCCGAUAUGCGGAGAUGCGUCUCAAUGACUACCUACUAGCCGCCCUCAUCCUCUUCCACGAUUUCAUCAUCAUCUUCCUGCUUACGUUCUUCCAGCAGCUCGUUAUAAAAUUCGUUGCGGGCCCCAUGACUACCACAACGGAAAAUAUUGACAAACGUGUUGUAAGUUACUUCGAGCCCAUCAUAGGCCCGGUUUCAGAAGACUUUAUUGACGAUGAUGACGGCAUCACUGCUGCUUUUGGGAACACCACUACGACUAAAUAGGAUAGUGACUUUGUGUUAAAACUAAACAUGAUCACUUUUGAAGUAGAAACAAACACAAUUUCGACCAUUUUAA